AUGACUUCAGAAUCACCUCCGCCCAAAUCUAACAUCAUGUUGGUCUACAGCACAAAGCCCAUAGAAGAGGCCUUUAGGUUCGGCCUCAGAGCAAGCGACAUCCAGGACAUGCGUCCGCAGCCCGAAAAAGUAGAUCCAGCUUCACCAGAAGAUUGGGGUUUCACCUCUCCGACAUUGGACGGCAUCUGCAAAUAUUGCCAACUUCUCCUACACCCAGAUGCACCCUCUCUUCUACAGCAUCAACCAAAUGUUAUCAGUCUAGUCAACUCGGGUGAGACUUGCUCAACCUGCAAGUGGCUUGAGAUCAGCAUCACAAAAGGCUCCCCUACUCUUGUCGCCCGGUUUCAAGCCAAUGAUUCAGCUUUGGUUGACGAGAACAGCACCGCUUGUCCUGUGACUGUCGUGUUGACCAAGAAUGAGAAGUUCACUCGGGCAGUUGGUUGGGUUGGCGACAGAGGUCUAUAUAUGAACUGUGGUUUACCAUUGACAAUCUCGACACCGUCACGCCUCGGAGAUCUCGCUUCGCGGCGCUUUUGGGUCAAGCAUGAUAGCGAGGUGGACCCUCAUAAACGGCAAGAGUCGAUCAAGACCUGGAUGAGAGAGUGCGACGAUCAUGAGAUCUGCAAAGCAUCGCUACCGUCGACCCGAAAUGCGCCCCUUCCGACUCGAGUACUCGACUUGACAGGCAGUAAAGAUCUACCUGAAGAUGGAGAUGACAUCGUCAUCAAAUUGCGAGAAACGAACAAGGACGAAACUGGUCUUUAUAAUGCACUGAGCUAUUGCUGGGGUAGAGAUACCAAGCUACACUUCAAGACUACUCACGAAACAUUAGAGGCACACAAAGAAGGAAUCGACUUCUUCUCUCUGCCACUUGUCCAUCGCGAAGCCAUCCUUACCACACUGUAUCUCGGCAUCCGAUAUAUUUGGAUCGAUUCACUUUGCAUCAUCCAAGACUCACGCGAAGAUUGGCAGACCGAGUCAGCAAUGAUGGGCUCUGUUUACUCAAACGCCCACCUUACUAUCGCAGCUACUUCAUCAUCGUCACCCGACGAAGGACUUCAUUGGCCGUUCCAAGGUGCGCAGACAGUCGACAUACAUGGGGAGGUCACAAGCAUUCGAUUUGAGACUCAUCUCUCCAUCGAUAAAUCCUCCGAGCCUCUCAAUACUAGAGGAUGGACUUUGCAAGAAGCUGUUCUACCAUCGCGACUCGUCUGCUUCGGCAAAGAGCAGUGGCUCUGGAAAUGUCCAAGUCGGUACGCCACCGAAGACGGUCUUAUCGACGGUCCCAGAUACAUCGAUAACGGACUUCCUCAGUGGCCUGCUCUGGUGCACGAAGGACCAGGCGAGGAUGGCAGAAACUAUCUGAAACAUUGGUACAAUCUGAUCAUCAACUACUCAAAACGUGAUUUGACGUACCAGACUGACAAAUCGAAUGCGAUUGCUGGUCUAGUCGAAAUGUUCAAGAAGCAGACUGCGUAUACCUACUUGGCUGGUCUAUGGCAAGAGGAUCUGGCAGUUGGAUUGUUGUGGGAAGCUACCACCAAGGGUGUUGUUCGUGAUGGCCAAGACGUUCCAUCCUGGUCGUGGCUUUCAGUGAAAGGACCUAUCAAGGGGAUGGAAUACGGCAGCAGGGCGACGUCCAUGAUUGAAUUGAUAAAGGUCAAUUCAAGUUUAUCUUCGAACAUGAGCUUGACAGUCAAGGGCAAAGUUCUUAGUGCAACACUCGGUAACCGUUCUGUCACACAAGAGUCUCGGCAUUACAUCCUUGCAGAGCCAAACAGCAUCGACGUUCUUGGCGAGGCAUUUUUGGAUACACCGCUUGCUGAUGACGUUAAAAUGGUAGAAAUAACGUGUCUUUUUAUACUUGAUAUGGCCGUGAACGAAGAAUGUUAUGUUCUCAUACUGGCUGGCAAGGAGAAGGAAUUUCGAAGGUUAGGCAUGGGUGUUCUUUGGUGGAAGAGCAGAUCCUAUGACGAUCCGAAGAUUGGUUCUGAGUUAAUGGAGAGAGUUGUAGAAGAUACGAUCACGCUGGUAUAA